UUGUUCCCAGCGCGGCUUCAGCCCUGCCCUCGCCUCUCUGGCCUCCGAGGCUUGGGCGGCCCGCGGCCCGCCGCCGCCCGGAGUGGACAGGCGCGCCCGGGGGGCUGCUCUUCUCCGACCCGCCCGUCUCCUCCCAGCAGGGGCUGGGGGCCUCAUCCGGCCCUGCGCCCCCCUGCUGCUGUAGGCAGGCGUCGAGAAGCCAGGCGAUCGGGGUCGGGACGCAAACACAAACAUCUCCCGAGCGCUGGACCUGUGCAGUUUUGCUACAGCGUCGCCGGCUGCCCACAGCCGCGCUGGGAGCUAGGAGGUGCCCAUUCCCAGAGCUGGAGGAUUCGAAGUCGGAACCCCUCGUGUUCACCCCAGCGUGACCUAAAACCCAGGUCACUGUGCGAGGCAGUCAGGGAGAGAAGCGGUUACUUGUCUGAGCAAGUCGAAGGCGGAGAUGAGGCACACCUGCCGCGGUACCAUCAACCUGGCCACGGCCAACAUCACUGUGGAGGACUCCUGCAACUUUGUCAUCUCCAACGGGGGCACGCAGACCUACCACCUGAAGGCCAGCUCGGAGGUGGAGCGGCAGCGCUGGGUGACCGCGCUCGAGCUGGCCAAGGCCAAGGCUGUCAAGAUGCUGGCAGAGUCAGAUGAGUCUGGAGACGAAGAGUCUGUCUCGCAAACGGACAAGACCGAGCUGCAGAACACCCUGCGGACCCUGUCCAGCAAGGUGGAGGACCUGAGCACAUGCAACGACCUGAUCGCCAAGCACGGCACUGCCCUGCAGCGCUCCCUCAGCGAGCUGGAGGCCCUCAAGCUGCCGGCUGAGAGCAACGAGAAGAUCAAGCAGGUGAAUGAGCGGGCCACGCUCUUCCGGAUAACGUCCAACGCCAUGAUCAACGCCUGCAGAGACUUCCUCAUGCUGGCCCAGACCCACAGUAAGAAGUGGCAGAAGUCGCUGCAGUACGAGCGAGACCAGCGGAUCCGGCUGGAGGAGACCCUGGAGCAGCUGGCCAAGCAGCACAACCACCUGGAGAGGGCCUUCCGUGGGGCCACGGUGCUGCCUGCCAGCACCCCUGGCAUUGCCAGGCCCGGGAAAGAUCAGGGCUGCGCGGGCAAAGGGGACAUGAGUGACGAAGACGACGAGAACGAAUUCUUUGAUGCCCCAGAGAUCAUCACCAUGCCAGAAAGUCUGGGCCACAAACGCACCGGCAGCAACAUCAGUGGAGCCAGCAGUGAUAUCAGCCUCGAUGAGCAGUACAAGCACCAGCUAGAGGAGACCAAGAAGGAGAAGAGAACCCGGAUCCCAUACAAGCCAAACUAUAGCCUCAACCUGUGGAGCAUCAUGAAGAACUGCAUCGGAAAAGAGCUCUCCAAGAUCCCCAUGCCGGUGAACUUUAACGAACCCUUGUCCAUACUUCAGCGCCUUACUGAAGAUCUGGAGUACCACGAGCUGCUAGACCGAGCUGCGAAGUGCGAGAACUCUCUAGAACAGCUCUGUUAUGUUGCAGCUUUCACCGUGUCCUCCUACUCCACUACUGUCUUCCGUACCAGCAAGCCAUUCAACCCGAUCCUCGGGGAGACCUUUGAGCUAGACCGGCUGGAGGAGAACGGGUACCGGUCCCUCUGUGAGCAGGUGAAUCAUCACCCCCCUGCUGCCGCGCACCAUGCUGAGUCCAAAAAUGGCUGGACGCUACGCCAGGAAAUCAAAAUCACCAGCAAGUUCCGAGGCAAAUACCUCUCCAUCAUGCCCCUCGGUACCAUCCACUGUAUUUUCCAUGCAACUGGGCACCACUACACCUGGAAAAAAGUUACCACAACAGUGCACAACAUCAUCGUGGGCAAGUUGUGGAUAGAUCAGUCUGGUGAAAUUGAUAUUGUCAAUCACAAGACAGGAGACAAGUGUAAUCUUAAGUUCGUUCCUUAUAGCUACUUCUCUCGGGAUGUAGCGAGAAAGGUGACAGGGGAGGUGACCGACCCAGCAGGAAGAGUUCACUUUGCCCUUUUGGGGACCUGGGACGAGAAGAUGGAUUGCUUCAAAGCCCAGCCAGCCGCUGGGGAGAACGGGGGUGAUGCCCGGCAGAGAGGCCACGAAGCGGAGGAGAGCAGGGUCACACUGUGGAAAAGGAACCCUCUGCCGAAGAAUGCAGAAAACAUGUACUACUUUUCAGAGCUCGCGCUCACUCUCAACGCCUGGGAAGGGGGCACCGCGCCCACAGACAGCCGGUUGCGGCCCGACCAGAGACUGAUGGAAAACGGGCGCUGGGAUGAGGCCAAUGCUGAGAAGCAGCGCCUGGAGGAGAAGCAGAGACUGUCCCGGAAGAAGAGGGAAGCGGAAGCCAUGAAAGCCUCGGAAGACGGUAGCGCACCUGCCCGCCCACUGUCCCGGUGCACGGCGGGUGCGGCCCUGACUGGCUCGCUUUCCCCUUCCCUUGCAGGCACGCCACACGACCCCUAUAAGGCCCUGUGGUUUGAGCGGAAGAAGGACCCUGUCACCAAGGAGCUAACCCAUAUUUAUAGGGGUGAAUACUGGGAUUGCAAGGAGAGGCAGGACUGGAGCUCGUGCCCCGACAUUUUCUGACGUGGCUGUAGCAAAGCAAGAGCGUCGGACGGAGGCAAGGGCAGAGGAUGCGCGGCAGCGGGCCUGUGCGGCCUACCAAGCGCUUCCUGAGUUCGUCUGUCCUAACCAAUCACUCUCCGCACCAGUCAGCAGAGGCAGAGCCCGGUGUGGGGAUUGGCUGCUGGCCUUAGCGGUUGACCCAGAAAUGGACGCUCCAGACCCCGGUGUGCAGGGAGAGGCAGGUGCAGUGGCUGAGCUGCUGAGGUCUGCUUCCUCGGCUCUUCCUCCCUCUGCCCCCACUGAUGCCGAUGUCCUCCCCGCGCGUUGCAUCCUGUUGGUGCCGUCCAGGGCAAGCUCUCUCUGAAGUUCCUUAGAAAAGAAACACGGGGGACUGGAGCAGCAGGGCGCCUAGGUCUGACUCAGAGUUCACACCUGGCUGGCUGAGCGGCCUCCCCCAACGUGGCUGAGCUGCUGGGACGCCGUGGAGGCUGUUCGCCGGGGCUGGAGCGUUCGGUUCCUUUCUUGGCGUUGCCGUCCGCACUUGGGGGACGCCUGUCCCGUCUGCUCCUCUCCACCUCACAGCAGCGAGGCCAGCCGGGCGAGAGGGCCUCACGGCGCGGGGUGCAGCCUUCCUCGGGCCAAGAACUGAGACCCCAGGACGAGGGGGAACGACAGCCACCCUGACCCUCGGCCCCUCUCCCCGUCCUUCAUUGCCUUCCUCGCUUCGCCAGCCCCGGGCCCAGGCGCCCGUCUGGAGCAGCACUCGCCUGUCCUGCUCUGAUGUCCUUCAGAAUCCGAGUGGCGUUAGCCUGGAAUAGCUGUGUCACCGUCUCAGGCCCCGCGGACUGGAGCCGCCUCUGGAAUGAUGUGUUGAAUCCCUGUAUAUUAUAUAUAUGUAGAGAAAAACCUAACUAUUUGUUUGAUUUCCUUGCUUCCCGUUAAGAGUCUUGGUUUUGAUAUCCGUGGCCUCCCCGGGACUUGGGCGUGUCGCCAUGGGCGGGCGCCCUCCAUGCACAGCUUCAGGGCCAUGGGGAGUGAGCAGGUCACGUCUGGCCGGAACCGAGCGGGACCCUGUCCGUCGAAGCCUGAGCUGCCCGCUGCCUGUCCUCUUCUGUUACAAGGAGCCUGGUAGAACGUCGGGAGGGCGGCUUCCAGCGCACAGCAUGAGCCCAGAGGCCUUCCUAGGACCAGGCGCUGGAGCGCCGUUCAUCCCGGCUGGCAGUCGUGGUCCUGCUCCUUCCUCAGUCACUCAGUAUUUGUUGUAGUUGUCUUGUUCAGAAGUUGCACCCCCGGGAGACCCACCCUUGGUUGAGGGUCACAAAUUGAGGUGCCUUCCUUGUAUGCUUUUUGUUAGUGGUUUUGUUUUCCUUAACUGCUGAGCCUCAGCCAGUGUGGGUCUGGGGGGAAAUACCAUUCCAGAGGAAGCCUUCCCUGCAGGGAAAUUGGGCUUUACUGGGCAACUAGUACUUCUAAUCCCCCUGCUCCCUCUGCCCUAGCUGCGAUGAGCCUGAGAAGGAGUUUCUCCCGAGCGCCUUCCCCAGCACCAGCUAAGUUUGCCGUUGAAGCUCAGCCUCCUCAGCUGAACGCCCCACUUCCCGCCCUGUUCUUCCUCUACCGUCUGCACUACAUUUCUGGCUCACCCCAGACCCCUGCUAAUGGAAGGAGCUUAGAGCCUUCAGGUGGAAUAAAGUCACAUCAAAACAGAACUA